UCUAGAUUCAUUGGGAAGCUUUGCCUAAUAUCUGUUAUAUGCUAAAGGACAUAAAUUUAAUUAUCUACCCAUGCCGGAAAUGGUAAAUAGUCUGGUAAGGGCGCCCAUUUGACAUUGGUGUCACUGAAUAAGAAGAAGUAUUUUGCUGUUCUGUGCGAUUUUUUCAAAAUAAUGUCUCUCUCGCAAAAGCAUUCGAAUUUGACUUUAGUGCCAUGGUUUAAUAGGAACGAGUGGGAUUAUGUUUAUGAAAACGCGUAUUCUGAUCAUAAGGAGCAGCAGGUUAAGGCACUGGAUUUGCUGAAAGUGUGGAAAUUGCGUACUCCUGUUCUACCAGCUGGGGUUGAAGGGACCCUUGUAAUUUUAGAAGCCAUUUUGACGAAUGAUUCUCUGUUAACAGUAGAGCAGCUUUGUCAUCUUUAUGCUAUAGGCAUCAUGAGAUUUUUGAAUUUGUCUGCGGCCAACAGCGAAAAACAAGGCGAUUUUGCCAGGACUUCAAUGAAAAACGAAUUGCCUAAGUGGUUAAUAAUUCUGAGACAUGAUAUUGCUCAUGGACACCAAAUUCCUUCAUUGUCUAGCUUGAGAAUGGGACUUGAAUAUGGUUUGCAGUGGUUAAAGGAGAAAUAUUGGGAACCACAAUGCAAUAUUCUUAGGGAUUAUGUUGCCAUUGAAGAAUGUGCCACAGAAGACUUAGCUGUAUUUUUAUCAGUAUAUGUUCAAGUUAAGAUGGAGUCAUUUAAGAAUAAGGGCAUUAGUGAGAAAGCAGUUCAAAACAUAAUAUUACGCAGUAUAAUCCAAAUGUCAGAUUACGGACCAGUAGGUGUAGAAAUUUUGGAAGAAAUGAUAAAACAAAGUUUACCAUUGGGCCAGAAUAAGAGUGGUAUCGGUGAUUGCCUUAAAAAUGUGCUGGUUACAGAUAAUGCCUUGCUUUUUGGAAAACCUGAAAGCGCCAAAAUUGACGUUGAAUUUAAAAAACUUUGGAGUGAAUUGUUGAAUAUUUUGCAAGAAAAGAAACUACUGUUUGUGCUUAUCGGCAAGUUAUACGAUAUCACUAUAGAUAUAGAGGUUUCACAUACGUUAAAAAGUGUUGCCGCACUGUGGAUAUAUGAAAUUCUUCUAUCACUGUUUGCUUUAAAAUACUCCAAAGAUAAUGAAAAUGUAAGCAUUUCUAAUUACAUUGAACUGUACUCAUAUGACACAUAUGUUCAGGAGGCUCUCAGAUUUCAAGAACAAGUUUUAAAGUCUUUCAACUCGUACAGUUUAUAUUUCAUUGAAAUGUUGUUAAAAUAUAAUGAGAAUUCUGAUUCUUUCAUUGUUGACACCCUAUCGCUUAUUAAACAUGAUAAUAGUGAUAUUAAGAACGUUACUGAUAAAAUAUUCACAUUGGAUGAUUUGAACCUUGAAGAAACCUUUGAAGAUACAUUAGGAAGUAUUGGCAACAGUCCGAAUAUUAAUGUAUCAAGAUGUGUAAGAAAAAUUGUUGGUCAACAAAAAUGGACCAAAAUUGAAGAUACUUCCAUUUUCGCAAACUGCCCGUUCGGCGUGCUGCCUCAUCAGAUUGAUUUAAAACAUCCCUUUAUUUUAAUGUAAAUUUAGCAAUUCUUUCAGUACAUAAUGUCUUUGCAA